AUGAAAGACAAAGAGGAAACAAGUUUACUUAAUGACUUAGCCCGUACUGCUGGUGAUUACAUGCGAUACAAGGACAUCAAUCCGAAAGAGUUCCUAGAACCUACACUGGUUGACGAAGGACAUCUGAAUCUUACUACGGUUACCAUUACACCAUAUUCCAUGGUAUAUAGCCCACAAUCCGCAGUGGCUUACUUCUUUUUCAAAGAAGGUGAAGGUGGGAAGACGGAUGGUGCCCGUGCACUAUGUGCACUACUACACCAAAUCUUUACCAUUUCAUCCACCUCAAGCGCAAUCCGACAUGCCCUUCCAGCCCACAAAGCAAAUGGUGAAACUUUAACCAUGAAGCCUUCCGAGCUAUGGCAAAUCCUAGUAGAUUGCGCAACAGCUUCAGAGGGCAGCGAGAUCAUCUGCGUCCUGGAUGCUCUGGAUGAAUGUGAAAAGAGUAGCAGAACUUGGAUUCCAAAAACCCUGGGGAAGUUUUAUUCCAACGAAGAGAAGCGGUCAACGUCAAAGCUCAAGUUCCUUAUCACAAGUCGUCCCUAUCAAGAUGUGGAAGGCUCAUUCGAGGGUUUCCCAAAGAACGCAGCAUACAUGCGCCUUGACGGCGAUGAAAAAUCAGACCAGAUCCGUGAGGAAAUAGAUCUCGUCAUCGACGCCGAAGUCGAAAUCCUGACCAGAAAGUUCAAUGAUCAAUCCAGUGCUGCUGAGAAGAUUAAGACGCGACUCAAAAGCAUGGAACAUCGCACCUACCCUUGGCAAUACCUAACACUCGGUUAUAUUGAGGAACAACCUGCUAUGUAUUCCAAAAUAUCAUCUGUGGAAAAGCUACUUCGAAAUGCCGAUGAGCCAGCAAAGAAAUUCCUUCUUCACCUUGUGCUCGCUGCUGAACGACCUCUUACUUUACUUGAAGCAAAUAUUGCGUUGACUCUCGCUCUUCAAGAGCAAAAAGUGGGAUCACAUGCAGACGUCAUGGAUGGAAUCUGGUCACUUUCCGCUUUCGAGGCUGUCGUCAAGGAACCUUGCGGCCUCUUCAUCAGCAUACACGACUCAAAGCUCUCAUUUAUUCAUCCGACAGCAAGGGAAUUUCUUCUAACCAAGAGAGGAGAUAUGGGCUGGGGAGGCAGCUUCAACCUCCAGCAGUCUCACAGAGUGAUGUUACAAGUGUGUCUCGAUUACUUGUUUAUCCCUGACAUCGACGGACCUGGAUACACUUUGACUACCAUUCUCAGUGACGACAAGCCAGAUGCAUUUCUUGACUACUCAGCUAAAUAUUGGCCUUUGCAUAUGGUCAAGCAUGGACUUGACCUCUCCGAUAACAAUCUGAAUCGCGUGCGCAUGCACUGUGAGCAUGCAUCCGUUCGUUGA